GACUGAUGUCAUUAAGCUGCUCAAUGCGGCAGGUGGAACGCAGAGAGAAAGGUUACCAUGCAUCUUCUUUUAGGACAGCUUCUGCAUGCAUGAACCACUAAGACCUUGUUUUUCUGUAGACAUGUCAUAACAAUGGAUUACUAGAAAUUACUUGGGUUAUUUUCAAGUGUGGAAGCAUCCAAAGAGGCGACAUGGAGUGCAGUGAGAAGGUGACACCCCACCUCAUGAUGGCUGUGGGCACAGCUGUGAUUGGCUCCCUCCAGUUCGGCUACAACACCGGUGUCAUCAAUGCUCCUCAAAAUAUCAUUGAAAAUUUCUACAAUGAGACCUGGACCGAGAGGUUUACCGAGCACAUCUCCCAGAGCACGUUAACAGCGCUGUGGUCACUUUCAGUGGCUAUCUUCUCCGUGGGUGGAAUGUUUGGUUCCUUCUCUGUGGGCCUGUUUGUUAACCGCUUUGGCAGGAGAAACUCCAUGCUCAUGGCCAACGUGUUGGCCCUUACCGCUGCUUUGUUUAUGGGCUUCUCCAAGAUGGCUGCUUCAUUUGAGCUCCUCAUUGUCGGACGCUUUGUAGUGGGUCUCUAUUCUGGCCUGUCCACUGGCUUUGUGCCCAUGUAUGUGGAGGAGAUCUCCCCGACAUCACUCCGGGGAGCAAUGGGCACGUUACAUCAGUUGGGUGUCGUCAUCGGCAUCCUUUUGGCUCAGGUUUUGGGGAUAGAAUCCAUCAUGGGGAACGCCUCACUCUGGCCCCUAUUAUUGGGGUUCACACUCCUGCCAGCUAUUGUGCAAUCUGCCCUUUUGCCCUUCUGUCCUGAGAGUCCGAGAUACCUGCUCAUCAACUGUAAUGAGGAGAGCAAAGCCAACAGCGUUUUAGUGAAGUUGCGAGGAACCAAUGAUGUGAGCGAAGACAUGAUGGAGAUGAAGGAAGAGAGUCAGCAGAUGAUGACGGAGAAGAAAGUGACCAUAGCGGAGCUGUUACGCUCUCCCAUCUAUCGGCAGCCCAUUGUUGUGGCUGUAAUGCUGCAACUGUCACAGCAGCUGUCUGGGAUCAAUGCCGUGUUCUACUAUUCCACUGGAAUUUUUGCAAGAGCUGGUGUUUCCCAGCCAGUCUAUGCAACCAUUGGAGCAGGAGUCGUAAAUACAGCGUUCACGGUUGUUUCUUUGUUUGUGGUGGAGCGUAUGGGUAGAAGGCCACUCCACCUGAUUGGUUUGAUGGGGAUGGCCGUAUCUGCAGUUGCUCUAACUAUUGCUAUGGCGUUGUUGGAUCAACACAGUUGGAUGUCCUACGUGAGCAUCGUAGCCAUCCUGAGCUUCGUAGCCUUUUUUGAAAUAGGCCCCGGACCCAUCCCAUGGUUCAUUGUAGCAGAGCUCUUCAGUCAGGGGCCCCGGCCUGCUGCCAUUGCAGUUGCUGGCUUCUGCAACUGGUCUGCCAAUUUCUUAAUUGGCAUGAGCUUCCAGUAUGUUGAGCAACUCUGCGGCCCCUAUGUCUUCAUCAUCUUCACUGUUCUUCUGCUGGGCUUCUUUGUCUUCACUUACUUUAAAGUGCCCGAGACCAAGGGUCGCACCUUCGAUGAGAUUUCAGCAGGCUUCCGCCAGUCGGCUGGUCGGGCUGCUAACAAAUACUCAGCCGCGGAAGAGUUCAACACACUCCGAGGGGAUGAUCCUGACCUUUGACAGCUGCGCUGAAAAUGACCCUUGGGGUACACUUUUCAAAAAUAACUUCAUGAAGUUGAUGGGCUCAGCUCCUACUGUGAAUUUUUGUCUCGACUCAAGACUGAUCCCUUUUUGGGUGCUAAAAAUGAGCAUGUCACACUUACAGUGAAGAAAAUAAGUAUUUGAACACCCUGCUAUUUUGCUAUUUCUCCCACUUAGAAAUCAUGGAGGGGUCUGAAAUUUUCAUCGUAGGUGCAUGUCCACUGUGAGAGAGAUAAACUAAAAAGAAAAAUCCAGAAAUCACAAUGCAUGAUUUUUUAACAAUUUAUUUGUGUGAUACAGCUGCAAAUAAGUAUUUGAACACCUGUGUAUCAUCUAGAAUUCUGACCCUGAAAGACCUGUUAGUCUGCCCAUUAGAAGUCCACCUGCACUCCAUGUAUCAUCCUGAAUCAGAUGCACCUGUUUGAGGUCGUUAGCUGCAUAAAGACACCUGUCCACCCCAUACAAUCAGUAAGACUUUAACUUGUAACAUGGCGAAGACCAAAGAGCUGUCCAAAGACACCAGAGACAAAAUUGUACACCUCCACAAGGCUGGAAAGGGCUACGGAGCAAUUACCAAGCAGCUUGGUGAAAAAAGGUCCACUGUUGGAGCUAUCAUUAGAAAAUGGAAGAAGCUAAACAUGACGGUCAAUCUCAAUCGGAGUGGAGCCCCAUGCAAGAUAUCACCUCGUGGGGUCUCAAUGAUUCUAAGAAAGGUGAGGAAUCAGCCCAGAACUACACGACAGGACUUGGUCAAUGACCUGAAAAGAGCUGGGACCACCGUUUCCAAGGUUACUGUAGGUAAUACACUAAGACGUCAUGAUGUGAAAUCAUGCAUGGCACGAAAGGUUCCCCUGCUUAACCAGCACAUGUCAAGGCCCGUCUUAAGUUUGCAUAUGACCAUUUGGAUGAUACAGAGGAGUCAUGGGAGAAAGUUUUAUGGUCAGAUGAGACCAAAAUAGAACUUUUUGGUCAUAAUUCCAAUAAGCGUGUUUGGAGGAAGAAGAAUGAAGAGUACAAUCCGAAGAACACCAUCCCUACUGUGAAGCAUGGGGGUGGUAGCAUCAUGCUUUGGGGGUGUUUUUCUGCACAUGGGACAGGACGAGUGCACUGCAUUAAAGAGAGGAUGACUGGGGCCGUGUAUUGUGAGAUUUUGGGGAACAACCUCCUUCCCUCUGUCAGAGCAUUGAAGAUGGGCCGUGGCUGGGUCUUCCAACACGACAACGACCCGAAGCACACAGCCAGGAAAACCAAGGAGUGGCUCCGUAAGAAGCAUAUCAAGGUUCUAGCAUGGCCCAGCCAGUCUCCAGACCUGAACCCAAUCGAAAAUCUUUGGAGGGAGCUCAAACUCCGUGUUUCUCAGCGACAGCCCAGAAACCUGACUGAUCUAGAGAAGAUCUGUGUGGAGGAGUGGGCCAAGAUCCCUCCUGCAGUGUGUGCAAACCUGGUGAAAAACUACAGGAAAUGUUUGACCUCUGUAAUAGCAAACAAAGGCUACUGUACCAAAUAUUAACAUUCAUUUUCUCAGGUGUUCAAAUACUUAUUAGCAGCCGUAUCACACAAAUAAAUUGUUAAAAAAAUCAUGCAUUGUGAUUUCUGGAUUUUUCUUUUUAGUUUAUCUCUCUCACAGUGGACAUGCACCUACGAUGAAAAUUUCAGACCCCUCCAUGAUUUCUAAGUGGGAGAAAUAGCAAAAUAGCAGGGUGUUCAAAUACUUAUUUUCUUCACUGUACAGGUCCUUUGUUUUUUGAAGCUGUUCCUUUGCUAUAUGAAGACAUAAGACAAGGUCCGAAAAUGAGGUAUUUCCCAGAAAAGAAGAAUGAGGUGGUGCUCCGUAACGGAAUUAAGCAUCCACAGAACACAGACAAUUAAACAAACACAUUUAUUGGGAUUUGGAGAAUGGGCAAGACAAAUAAAUACUUGGAAAA